GGACGACUUGGGGUCGCGCAGCCGCAGCCCCAGUCCGGAGGCUCCAGGCGGUGCGCUAGGCGCUGCCGCCGCUGCUGCUGCUGCGGGCCCCCCGCCGCUUCCCGGGCCCCCUCUGCCACCCGGGCCCCGGAUGCCGUCUGCACUCCGGUCAAGUCUGCUGGAGAGUGCGCCCCAGCCUGGUCGCCGUCCCCGGCCUGGUCUCCACUCCUCCGCCGCACCUCCCAUGACAGCUCCCGCUCGAAGAUGGCUGCGAAGGGCACGCACGGCACCCACCUGAAGGUGGAGAGCGAGAUGGAGCGCUGCCGCGCUGAGGGCCAGUGGGACCGCAUGUUCGAGCUGGUCCGGCAUCUGCAGAUGCUGGGCAUUUCCGGCGGCGGCAGUAGCAACCGGCGAAACAGCCCGAGCGGCAGGUUCACCUCUCUGGACACCGAUGACUUUGGAAAAUUGCUGCUAGCAGAGGCCCUUCUGGAGCAGUGUUUGAAGGAUAACCACGACAAAAUAAAAGACUCCAUCCCUUUGCUGGAGAAGACUGAUCACAGGCUGAACAAAGCCAAGGACCACCUGAGCAGCAUCCUUAACAAUGGGAAGCUGCCGCCACAGUACAUGUGUGAGGCCAUGCUGAUCCUGGGCAAGCUACAUUAUGUGGAGAGCUCAUACCGGGACGCCAUCAGCAUGUAUGCACGGGCUGGGAUCGGUGACAUAUCCGUGGAGAACAAGCCCCUGUAUCAGAUGCGGUUGCUGUCGGAGGCCUUUGUCAUCAAAGGCCUCUCCCUGGAACGCCUGCCCAACUCCAUCGCCUCCCAUAUCCGCCUGACUGAGCGGGAGGAGGAAGUGGUUGCCUGCUUUGAGAGGGCCUCCUGGGUGGCUCAGGUGUUCCUACAGGAGCUGGAGAAGACCUCAAACAACAGCACAUCAAGACACCUGAAAGGCUUUCUCUCAGUUGACUAUGAACUGUCGUACUUCUUGGAAGCUGCCCUCCAGAGCGCAUAUGUGAAGAACCUGAAGAAGGGGAACAUCGUGAAAGGCAUGAGGGAGCUCCGGCAGAUUCUGAGGACCGUGGAGACUAAAGCAACGCAGAAUUUCAAAGUGGUGGCAGCCAAGCACCUGGCAGGGGUCCUGCUGCACUCCCUGAGUGAGGACUGUUACUGGAGCCCCCUCUCCCACCCUUUGCCUGAGUUCAUGAGAAAGGAGGAAAAUUCUUUCGUCACUCAGACCCUUCGGAAACCUCACCUCUACGAAGGAGAAAACCUCUACUGCCCAAAAGACAACAUAGAGGAGGCCCUCUUGCUGCUGCUCAUCAGUGAGUCCAUGGCAACUCGGGACGUGGUACUGAGUCGGGCACCAGAGCAGGCGGAGGACCGGAAAGUAAGCCUGCAGAAUGCUUCAGCCAUUUACGACCUCCUGAGCAUCACACUGGGCCGGCGAGGCCAGUAUGUCAUGCUUUCUGAGUGCUUAGAGCGAGCCAUGAAGUGUGCAUUUGGAGAAUUUCACCUUUGGUACCAAGUGGCCCUCUCCAUGGUGGCUUGUGGGAAGUCAGCCUAUGCCGUGUCGCUGCUACGUGAGUGUAUGAAGUUGCAGCCCUCGGACCCCACAGUGCCCCUGAUGGCUGCCAAGGUCUGCAUUGGGUCCCUGCAUUGGCUGGAAGAGGCAGAACACUUUGCCAUGGUGGUGAUUAGCCUUGGGGAGGAAGCAGGAGAGUUCCUGCCUAAAGGCUACCUGGCCCUGGGCCUCACCUAUAGCCUGCAGGCCACUGAUGCCACCCUGAAGUCCAAGCAAGAUGAGCUUCACCGCAAGGCCCUGCAGACCCUGGAGCGAGCCCAGGAACUGGCACCUGAUGACCCCCAGAUUAUCUUCUAUGUCUCCCUGCAGCUGGCCCUCGUCCGACAGAUCUCCAGCGCCAUGGAGCAUCUUCAGGAGGCCCUGACGAUGUGCAGGGAUGAUGCCAAUGCUCUCCACCUGCUAGCACUGCUCUUCUCUGCCCAGAAGCAUCACCAGCACGCCCUGGAUGUCAUCAAUAUGGCCAUUACCGAGCAUCCUGAAAAUUUCAACCUGAUGUUCACCAAGGUGAAGCUGGAGCAGGUGCUGAAAGGCCCAGAGGAAGCCCUUGUGACUUGCAGGCAAAUGCUGCGACUGUGGCAGACCCUCUACAACUUCUCUCAGCUGGGGGGCCUGGAAAAGGAUGGCAGCUUUGAAGGCCACACAGUGAAGAAACAGAACAGUAUUCACCUGACUCUGCCAGAUGCCCAUGAUGCAGACUCUGGCUCCAGGCGAGCAUCAUCUAUUGCAGCCUCAAGGCUGGAGGAGGCCAUGUCGGAACUAACCAUAACAACUUCAGUCCUAAAGCAGGGUCCCAUGCAGCUGUGGACCACACUGGAGCAGAUCUGGCUCCAGGCUGCUGAGCUGUUCAUGGAGCAGAGGCAACUCAAGGAAGCAGGUUUCUGCAUCCAGGAGGCUGCUGGCCUCUUCCCCACCUCUCACUCGGUGCUCUACAUGCGAGGGCGGCUGGCUGAGGUGAAGGGCAGCUUUGAAGAGGCCGAGCAACUGUACAAGGAGGCACUCACCGUAAACCCGGAUGGCGUGUGCAUCAUGCACAGCCUGGGUCUGAUGCUGAGUCAGCUGGGCCACAAGAGCCUGGCCCAGAAGGUGCUGCGGGAUGCGGUGGAAAGGCAGAGUACCUACCACGAGGCAUGGCAGGGCCUGGGUGAGGUGCUGCAGGACCAAGGCCAGAAUGAAGCAGCGGUUGACUGCUUCCUCACUGCCCUGGAGCUGGAGGCCAGCAGCCCUGUGCUCCCCUUCUCCAUCAUCUCCAGGGAGCUGUGAGCCUCCGCAGCAGCUGCAAGCCUGCCCGGGGGCAGCAGACACAGGCAGGGAAGGGCAUGCAUCCAGAUGUGGGGCCUCAGGGAAUAGAUGACUAGUGAACACUUCCACAGGCUUCCAUGCCACUUCUCCCCUACACUCCACACCCUGUAGGCCCAGCUGGGCCUGAGCUCCCAUCUGAAGCUGAGUGGACAAGAUUUGCAUCCAAAGCAAAGCCUUGCUCCCUAGAGGUUGACGUGCUGAGCGCCUUUGAUAAAAGGUGUGUCUUGGAGCCAAGCCCCAUCCUCAGCUCCCCUGACCCCCUGGAUUUCCUGGUUUGUGAUGAACCAAUCUUGAGUGUUUGUACCACAGAGAUGAACUUGCUUGCCAGCCAUCUUCUGGCUGGCCAGACUUUUCCUGGAUGCCUUUCUUGGUGCCUUGGGAGACAAACUGACUUGAGACUAAGUGACUUUGUAGACCUGUGAGCAGACAGGCUGGAGAACCCCAGAUGCAGCUCCCCCAACCAAUCUCAGGGCAGUACAAGCUUGAAGCAUUACCCAGGACAGCCACAGCUUUGAGGUCCCAGACAUAGGGAGGACAGUGGGCUCUUGUCAGACUGAAUUAGCAUUGUUGAUGCCCAGUGUUUCCUUUAUAGAGAGGUUGUUCUACCACCAAGUGCCUUUGGAGCUUGAAUCAGGCCAGGCCCCUAAACACAGUCCAUCCGUCUUCCAUUUUCAUUCACUGUCAUCUCCCUGGAGACAUGCCCCAGCCAGGAGACUCCAUGCGCCCUAUGCUAGUGGCCUCUAGGAUAGGCCUUAGAAUACAGGGUUCGGACCUUGAGUACACAGUCCCUCAAGGCUGUCCCUACAGUGUCACCACCCACUUGGGUGAGUGACAUCCAAGUGACCAUUUAUAGGCCUCAGCCCUGUACACCUCAUCACCCACUGCCUAGUUUUCACCUUAGGCUUUGCUGAGUGCCCUAAAGCCCCAGCUUGGCCUUUUGUGCUCCCCUGCCCAGAUUCCCACAGAAGCCGUGCUUGGGUAGAGACAGAGGAGGAACCUGACUGCGUCACCUUUCUGUGCCCAGUACUGUCUGUCAGGUCACUGGGCUGAUGGCUGUCCCUAGCUCAUCAGCCACGCACUCUGAUUUGUACAUUUCCCUCAGGAAGCCAUCCCCCCCUCCACCAAGGCCUAGCAGAGUGUUUCUUUCUGUCUUCCCCAUGCUCGGGGUGGAAGCUCCCUCAGGUUCACCUUGCUCUUGUGUUAGCAUGUGUAAAAGAGGGUUGAGAGCUGCCCUGGUUUACCAUGGCAGACCACAGCUUCCUUGGAAGGAGAAAGCCAUUGGAGACUGGCUCCAUGGUGUACUGACUUAGCCUGCUUGUCUCCUUGUGUCUCCAGAGAGCUGGUGCCUCCUGGCCACAGCCACAGGCCAAAGGGAGGAUAUUCAGUCCUUGGUUGAAGGGUCUCUGUGUAUAUGUGUACAUAGACACAUAUAUGCUAGAGAGCUAUAGAAUUUAUAUAGAAUUUUUAUAGAAUUCUGUUAGAGUAAAAAAAAAAAGCAGAUAUUAUUGGUAUACCGAUAUACCUUGGUAGUCAAUCUUGGCAGUGGGAAAGACAACAAAUGCAUUCUGACUAAGCAUUCCCUCUUUGGAGGCCAUGGGAGACAGGCCCAGUACCUGACAGUGACUUUGGAAAUUGAAUAAAAGACCCUUGAAGGGAAACAGGA